UUUCACAGCAUAGAAAAAGGUUAUAGCAUUUCUGUGCGAUAAUAAUUUCGAAAAAAUCGCGUUUUUUGAAUAAUUGUAACGUUUUUAUAGUGAUAACUUAUUAAUUAAUCAUUGUCGGUGUAAUUUCGCGUAAUAAUUGGCCAUUUAAAUGAUGACAGCGUACUUUAUUUUCGACCCCAGUUGAUUUAUUAAAAUUGUUUAUAUUUUGAGUGUUUAUAUUUUGCAUUAAUUCGGUAAUUCUCGUUGGUUUUUAUUAAUUGUUGUUAAGCUUAUUUUUUAUAAUGAACGGUUUAAAUAUGGACAGAGACAGGCAGCACAAUCAAGUGCAAAAGCCGGUGAAAAACUACAAACUCUUGGUUGACCCUUUUCUCGUAAAAGGGGCUGCAAAGUUGUAUCGCUAUGAAGGUGUCGUACCAAAUGACCCCACUUACCCUCCUGUUACUCCUAGGGACCCCAGAUCGCAUUUAACCCGAAUCUGGAGCAGACUGGAAAAUUUAGACUUGCCCAUACCCAGGUUUAAAAUCGACUUGAACUACGUCGGUAGUCCGCCUUCUAUAGAAGUAACCAUAUUUCAGCUCAAUGACAACAUCGACAAGCAAUUUUUGCGAGAUAUGGUGCAAAAGUUUGGCGUCAUUGAAGAUUUGCAGAUAUAUUAUCACCCAGUGUCCAAUAAACAUUUAGGUAUCGGAAGAUGUAUUUUCGAGUCAGUUCAGGGGGCCAAAGCUUGUGUCGAGAAGUUAAACAACACCAGUGUGAUGGGAAAACAAUUACAGGUGUUUUUGGACCCUUUCGGGGAAAAAUGCAAAUCUCAGUUCGAGGAAUGCACGGCGGAAAAAAAACCGGCCCCUCCGCCGGUUGUGGUCGAGGAACCGCCGAAAAUCGAAGAAAAACCAAAAGAAGAGGAAAUAACGAAGCAAAGAGAGUACGACGAGAGACUUUACAGCAAGGAACGCGAAAAAGAUUUAAAGUUAUCCCCGGAAUUCGACAGGAAAAAAGAUAGAGAUCGGGAUAGGUAUAAUCGUUAUAGUGGUGGCAGAACUGAAUACCCCACGCCCAGUUCGUCGGAUAUUGGCUACGGAACAGCCCCCAGUGAGUUUUCUGGGUAUGGAUCCGCAGGAACUACACCUUUAGCUUACGACUACGCUCUGGCUCAUCCCUUGACGAUGAACUACGCCGGGGCUUACCACCACCCGCUGGCCCCGCCCCCGGUGUGGCCCAUGCCCCCCACUCCGCACCAGUGGGCUCCGGAGCCCAGCUGGGCGGAGGGGAGGGGCGCGCUGCCAGCUGGUCUGGCCCCCCCUCCCAAAUGGGACGCCGCGGCGGAAACGGGGCACUCCAAGGAGCGGGAGCGGAGGGGGGACAGGGAAAGAAAAAAGAGUAUCGGCAACAGCAACGGGGGUAAAAGCAAAAAGGACCGCGACAAAGACAAGGAAAAGCCCCCUUUACCUCCUCAAAUCGAAGAAGAUAACAAACCGCUGGAUUUGGACACCAGAAUCGCCUUGUUGCUCAAGGACAGGGGGGCGGGGGGGAUGGCGCCGCCCUUUUUGACCCUGGGAGGGGAUUCGGACGACGACAAAGGAGGGGCAGCGUUGGAGAAUGCGCUACCCCCACCCCUAACUCUGCCCACUUCCAUAGACAGCGACGACGACGAUCGUUCGAGCGUAUCGUUGAGCGAUAUGCCGAUAAAUCCGCCGGCCCCGGAUCAGGACGACGAGGUGGCCAGAGACGAGGAAAGCAGCCCCCUCUCGGUGCCCCCCUCGCCAUUUUUAUCCCUGGACGUUUACCUGGACUGCCACAGGCUAGCGCUGGAGCAGGCCGUCGUCGCGCGACAAAAAGAAGCUUUGGAGACGACGGCGUUACUAAAAAAGGUUAAGAUUGAAGAAUUUAAUAAUUUGGGCAGCGAUAUUUCUUCAAGUGAAGACGAAUUGUUGACUGGAGAAAGAAUAGAGAAUAAUUAUAGUCCCAUUGAAAGAAUGGACUUUAAAAACGAAAUUAAGACUGAUAAGGACGACGACCAAAUGAGCCUCUCAUCGCUGAGCAGUACCGAGCAUAAAAUCGAGGAGAAUCAGCAGGAGAACCCCCCUCUUCCCCCUCAACCUCCCGCCCCCUCGUCAUCGCAAGCCCCUCCUCUGCCCCCCACACCGGGGGCGUACCCCUACCCCUACCCCGGUUACCCCCAGCCUUCCUUCUACUCCUACUCUUCGCAAUGGAGGCACGCUUACCCCUCUUACGUUCAGACCAUGUAUCUGCCGGCUGCGCCCGCAGCUCAGUAUCCAGCUGCGUUCGCGCAGCUGCAACCGCCUCCCACGUACGCGAUGCCGCAGUACGCGCCCAGAAAAUCAGAGGGGGGAAAAGACGAUCCGCAUUUUUCUACGGCCAAUUCCGUGGUGCAAAAGAUCACCGUGGAAUUGAAGGCCAUUCUGAAGAAGGACUUCAACAAGAAGAUGAUCGAGAAUACGGCCUUCAAGAAGUUUGAAACAUGGUGGGAAGAACAGUCGCUGCAACUGAACAAAAAAGAAGAAACUCCCGUGGAAGUGGUGGAAAAACCUUCGGAAUCCAAGGAUAACAUAAACGUGUUGCUGGAGAAUCACAGGGAGCAACUUUACAGCAACCUGAAUUACAACUCGAACAUGGGCGGAUUAGGGUUGAGAGCUAGCUUGCCGAAAAUGCGCAGCUUCAGGAAAAAGAAAAUACCCUCGCCAAUUCCGGAGGACGUCGAAGACAGAAAACUCUCUGACAACGAGGAAAUCGUGCACGAUUCCGAUUCGGACUCGAAGAGCAAGCAACCGAGGAAAUUCAGAAAACCUUCGACGAGUUCCAUAAGUUCCUCGUCUUCUUCUUCUUCGAGCUCCGAUUCGGAAGACUCCAGUUCCGACGACAGCUCUACGGAAUCGGAUACGGAAGUGAAAGUGAUGAACAGAAGCAAAACCCCGGAGAAAACGGAGCUUCCGCCCAAACCGGAAGUCGUUAAAUCGCCGGAAGUUGCAGCAGCGGAACCGCUUCUUUCUCCGAUACGGAGGGUCAGCAUUGAUGAUGGCAUCGAAGCCAGAAACAAAACCCCCGAACCGAUGCAGGUGGACACUGAUAGUCAGGAUGAUAUACCGGUCGUUCAAGAACAACCCAAAUCUUCCUCGUCGGUUAGUUCCACGCCAGUAGCUCCUAGUGACAGUAAGUAUUCGAAAAUAUUCGACAGUGAUUCGGAUAUGUCCGACGGUGAAAGGGAAUACCUGGAAAAUCUGGAAAGGCGAAGGAAAAACACCGAAUGGAUGGAGCAAAUAGAACGGGAACAAAAGGAAAGGCAGAAACUUAUAGGCGAACCGAAAUCUACGACAUCGACAAAAGAAGUGGCUCAGCUCAGACCGAUUACGCCGGAAAUUCGCGCGAAAGCCGCCGAUUGGUCGGAGAGCGAGGAGCUGCGCGGGUUGGACACGAGUCUGGAGGAGUUGGAGGCCAAGCGCGACGAGAUACUCAAGGAGGUGCGAAAUCCCGAUCCGCCCAAGAAGAAGGAGAAGAAGCACAAGAAGGAGAAAAAGGUCGAGAGUCGUCGUCACAGCGAUUCGGAUGAGGAGACCUUGGAGGCCAGGAUGCAGAAGAAGAAGACCACGGUCGACGAUUUCAACGGGAAGAUACCGAGGUUGUCGGAGUCUUCGACAGGGGAGAGCAGCCCCAGCAGUCAGGUUACGAUGGAGCACUCGUACUGCAUGGUUAUGCCGGAAAAAGAGAACGAAAUCGCUGCGGAAAACGCCACGGAAGCGAUGCAGAACGAUCUCGUGCACGAUCACGGUUACACGACGGUGAAAGAGGAAGAGGUGAAGAAAGAGAAACCUGCCAAGGUGCAGAAACCGCGCAAACCCAAGGACAAAGAGCACAGGAAGUUCAAGGAACUGCAGAACCUGUACAUGGACCAGUUCGAAGCCCUGCCGCCCAAACCGGCGCCCGCCUACAACGCCCACAGCAACGUGUUCCACAAGGUUCGCGAUUCCCUGUCGGAGUUUUCCAUUCUGUACGAGUUUCUCACCAAGGGAAUCGACUCGGAAGACAUCGAGUACAUGAAAAAAUCCUACGAAGACAUGCUGGCCAACGACACCAUGGGCUACUGGCUCAACGACACCCACUGGGUGGACCACUGCAUCACGGAUUUGUACUCUUUACCGCCCAAAAGGAGGAAAAAAGACGAGAGAUUACACGUCACAGGUUGUGCGAGAACUGAGGGUUACUACAAAAUAGCGCCGCACGAAAAAGCGCGUUACAAGUAUCACCACGCGAAAUAUCACGCCGUAACGUCACCAAGCGAACACCAACCACACAUUACCAAGAUGCAAGGUUUGUCGAGGGAGGCCCGCUCCAACCAGCGCCGUCUGCUGACGGCUUUCGGAAGCGACACCGACUCGGACCUGCUCAAAUUCAACCAGCUGAAGUUUAGGAAAAAACAGUUGAAGUUCGCCAAGUCCGCCAUCCACGACUGGGGUCUGUUCGCCAUGGAACCCAUAGCUGCCGACGAGAUGGUCAUCGAGUAUGUCGGUCAAAUGGUUAGGCACAGUAUAGCGGAUUUGAGGGAGACGAAAUACGAAGCAAUCGGUAUAGGGAGUUCGUAUCUGUUUAGAAUUGACUUGGAAAAUAUUAUUGAUGCCACCAAGUGCGGGAAUUUGGCCAGGUUUAUCAAUCAUAGUUGUAAUCCCAACUGUUAUGCAAAGGUGAUAACAAUCGAGUCCCAGAAGAAAAUUGUUAUUUACUCAAAACAAACGAUUGGGGUCAACGAAGAAAUCACCUAUGAUUACAAAUUUCCCCUUGAAGACGACAAAAUACCUUGUCUUUGUGGUGCACCUACGUGUAGAGGUUUCUUGAAUUAAAUUGAAUCAAAAAGUGAAAGGCAUGCUUUUUAAACCAUUAAUUGGACAUAGGUCUUUUUAAAUUAUAUGUUUUUUUAUCUGUACAUAUUCUUUCUGUAUAUAA